UUCGCCCUAAAACCCUUUCAAGUUUCAAUCGUUCUCAAGAAAAACCAACCCUUCCUUUUACUUGUUCUCUCUCUUCUUCCAAAACUGUUGUUCUUCUCUCCACAUUUCACAGCAAGAUUGAUCCUUUUCUAGCAAGUAUUCGAAGUAAGAAUGCAACUAUACAAGUAAACGCGGAAGUGUGGAUGAACGAAUAGAACACAAAUAGAUUGAAGCAAAACAAUCAACAACCAUGUGGAGAUCACCUCGAUUUUCGUAUCUUGUUACUAGAUUGAGUCAAGGGAACAUAAGUAAUGUCAAUCGAUGUUACAGUCAAAUAUUGUCUCAACCGUCUUAUUCGCAGACAAAAUCUGAAUCUGUUCCUUCUGAACAGAAAGCCAGUAGAGAAAUUCCAAAGCAUUAUAUUGGGGAAAAUGUGUCUAGAAAAGAUAGAACCAAAUUUCUUCUCACCACACUUCGUGAUAUGGAUGAUACUGAUAGUAAGGAGGCUAUUUAUGGUGCUCUUGAUGCCUGGGUUGCUUGGGAGCAAAAUUUUCCAAUUGGUUCAUUGAGAAAUAUAUUGCUUUGUCUUGAGAAGGAACAACAAUGGCAUAGGAUUGUUCAGGUAAUUAAAUGGAUGCUGAGCAAGGGGCAGGGGACUACGAUGGGAACAUAUGGUCAAUUGAUUCGAGCGUUAGAUAUGGAUCAUAGAGUUGGAGAAGCACACAAAUUCUGGGAAAUGAAAAUUGGCACUGAUUUGCAUUCUGUUCCUUGGCAGUUGUGCCAUCUCAUGAUAUCAGUAUAUUAUCGGAACAAUAUGCUUGAAGAUCUUGUUAGGCUUUUCAAGGGACUGGAAGCUUUUGAUCGUAAACCUCGGGAUAAAUUGAUCAUUCAAAAAGUGGCAAAUGCAUAUGAGAUGUUAGGCUUGAUUGAAGAGAAAGAGAGAGUAAUGGAAAAAUAUAGUCAUCUCUUCACAAUCAAAGAGGAAAGACCGACCAAGAAAGGUGGAAGGAAGUCAAGUGCUAAAAAGAAGAAAGGGGGGCCCAAUGAAUCUAGAAAGGACUCUGCGGACAAGUAACGGUAAGUUGAAUUUUAUGAAGAUGGAACCUGAGGCUGUUUAUUUUUUUACUAUUCUUAAAUCAAGCUUUCCGUGGCUUGCAGCAGGAUGUAGCAUUUAAUUGUUAUAUUGCUUUUAACAGCAUCAACCAAAUUUGAGAAGAGGUUCGAAGUUCAAACCGUUCGUUUUGUUUUUUCCCCAAGCUUCAAGUUUAAGCAAAACACCAUGCACCUGGGACACAUGUACUGAACUGCUGAUCAAGUCUUCAAUGUGUGGAUAUGAGUCUAAUGAGUUGUAUGGACGCUAGAAUGUUAUUCGUUACAUGGCAGAACAAGAAUUUCAUGAACUGAUAUUACAGAUUAAGUGUACUGAUACUUUGAUAUUGUAGAUUGUAUUUUAUGAUGGUGUGAUAGACCAAAGUUUCUCUGUGCUCUGGCUAUGCAUGUAAAUUAACAAUUCAACGUUCCAAAACCAAUCUCGACGCUAAAUCUUGCUAGUACGGUUUAUAGUUAUGGAUAACUAAAGUCUUGUGACUAAUAUUACUACA